GUAUUUUAUCUAAAGAUGAAGAAAGACAAGUCUUGUGUUCAAGGUUUUCUGGAAUGACUUUGAAAUCYGCUGGAAAACGUGACCCGRUUGAUUUGAACAAUGACCAGUUACCAAGACUUGGUUCUGUGCGGUCGACCAGGAAGUCACCAUUGACCAAACUAAAGCCAUCUCUACCAAAGAUACAAGCAAAUGGUGAGGACAGAAAAGAGAUUAUCACCCCUCCAUUGUCUAGAGAAAAGCUUACAAUGUCAGCUCAAGGGAGAAAAGUUCUCAAUAAAAUCAUGUCUGAAGCUGAAAAAGGCAAUAGCAAGGCAUCUAAUUCAAGCAUUGUGGAGGCUGUAGAUAAGUGGUUAACAACAGCUACUGACAAGGAACGUGAGGUUGCCCUUAAAUUUUUCUCCACAUUGGCUGGAACAAAGACAGAGUUUAUGAAGGCACCGUUGCAGAAAUACCAUACUCAUACAGAAGGGAAUUGUCAUUACUGUGAUGGUGAUAGAAUCAAUGAAACUUUAGAGACUCUAGCCCAGAGAGACAAGMCACCUUUCMGAAGCAAGGCAGCAACCCAUAAAAAAGAACCAAAUCUUGCCAACCGUUCUUUUUACCAACACCCAAGACUUCCAUCAAGAGUACGACGCUCCUACCAGACCUGGCAUCAUUUGCCUGUGUACAACUACAACCACGGGGUAGCAAAUAAAAGCGCUAUGUUUACCCAACCCCAUAAAUUCAUUGGACGACAUUUCAGUAUUCAUCCAGAAUGGGGGCUUCACACAAGGGUUAAAAAUUGUUGAUUGUCUGAGUGUAAAAUGCACUUUUGAAGCGGUUUGAAUGUGUGAACUUAACACUGUUUGAACAACAAAAAAUUAAGAAAAAAGUACACAGCAACCCUUUGAUAUACUGCGGUGAUUUAAAUUUGACCGUUCAAUUAUGAACAACUCUUUUUUAUCGAAUGACGAAAGUACAUCAUUUAUGAGGUGAUUCCUUACAGAAAUAUGUGAUUUUUCACAGUAAAAUGUCAUAUCUAUAAGCUACCCCUAGAAAAUGUAUUCUAAGAGUUCCGUAGCUGAAAAAUUAAAUGAUAUUUAUUCGAUUUUAAAAAAUGUGAAAUGGUAAUCUAGUAAGAAAUGAUCAAAUAAAAUAAGAUGAAUUUGUACGA